UGGUGAGACAGAGGAGUGGUCACAUAGUCCAAGUGUGACUGGCAAAACUGCUAAGUCUACAAAGAUGACUUGAGACAAAGAAUACAUGAGGCAUACAUAAAGUAUAACAUGAUACGUCCUUUUCUGGAAGAAGGUGCCUGGUGUUACUGGGUCAUAUCCAUUGGAGCUCUGUUAUCAUUUCUUGGAUUCAUUGUUGCAUGUAUUUGUAGCUGUCGGCGCAAUGAGACAAAAAAUGAAUUUCUUGGACUGGCCGGUAUGGUAACGUUGAACAGUACCGAGAACGAGGAUUUUGCUGGGGCCCCGAUAACAGACGCUCCUCGCACAGCUGUGCAAGAUGUUACGGACGUUGCUAAAAGAUCGACCGGCGCUAAUAGAAGUCUUCCGGAUAUUCCAAAGGACAAGGAGAAGAGACACGAAGAAGCAGGGGAGUCGGUAUCGCAAGACAGUUAUGAAACCACAGAAACGAAUGCCGACCAGUCGGAACUCUACGCGACAGUGCAGGGCGCAGGAGUCGAAGAAGAGGUAACCGAACAGCAGACACAGGAAAUUAUCCAACAGAAUCCAUCGACUCGGGAGAACUCCGUUCAUCAAUACCCGAGAUUAUUCGCGUCCGUUGCAGCCGACAAUGUCGAGCAUCCCUAUGCUCAACUUCAGAACGUGCAAAAGGCCGAGGCUAGUCAGACCAACAGAGCAAACGUUCAGUCACCGAUCGACACCGAGAAAGCGUCUACGUCGACGAGUCAGGCUGUUGGGAAUCCGGUCGCUCCGCCACGAACACGCCGUUCGUCAUCUCAUAAUUCACUACUCACAGAUGAGGUUGCUCCGCGUACGACCGAUAUUCAAGCGGCUAACGCGAUCUCGGGUGGCGUGCAAGCGAACGAAGAGUUACCGUACAUGACGCCACCGGCACCUUUGAUGUUGUUACCGUCGUCGCAGCCACCGCAGUCGGCACGAUCGAGCCAGCCUCAACCGAUUAGCCCGCAGCAACACUUUAGUGGAGACUCCCAAGAUUCGAAAGGAUACACCAGUAUAAGCGUGAGGGAACCUCUGGCCAACAUAAUCGCGCAAACAAAGACGAUCACCCGUCAGACCCAGUCCGGACGACCGUUGACUGAUCCCCAUUACGCGACCGUGUCGGAUGAUUCUGACGAAAUGUACGCGGCGAUCGACGAACAAGAGAAAGUGUAUACCAGCGGCAGCGAAACGUACGCUCAAAUACAGCCGACGGCGACAGAAGUACAGCGAACCGUGCAAAUCGAACCGACAACGUUUCCGCGGGAUCCGACACGUUCCGAUGAGACACAGCCCGCCCCGCAACCACCGAGCGUCGACAGUUUGCGUCACGUGGCGCACGCACACUCCAGACAAGCGUCGUCUUCGAGCGCAAACAGCUCCAUCGUGAAUCCUGGCUCACCGAAACCGGAGAAACGUCAGGCCAAUUCGCCGUUGCCACCGCCUCCGGAGGGAUUAACGGACGUGUACGCGUUGAUCGAGAAGAGAACGAGCAAGGCCGCGGAGGACCGUUCGAAAUCGACGUUAUCGAACGGCAAGUCGUUGGAGGACAUGUACGCUAAGGUGAUGAAGAAAAAGAAGGACCAAACGGAGGACCAACAAACCGACCCGCAAUCGACCCUGCAUCACGAAGUUGCCGCAGUCACGCUCGCUCGAAAACCGAGUUUCGUCGAACCGAACCGAACUUCCUGGUCCAGUCACGAGUCCACGGAAGUACAGAGGAAAGAGCUCGAUUUCGGAAGCUGUUCCCUGUCGAACAGUUCCGCCAGUAAUAACGUUCGCGUGGUCAUCGAAACGCCCAAGUUAUCGACAGUUGGCGGUGAGAACAUCGCGGAACCGUCUAUGGAGCCGAAGUUCACCCUCGAUUACGGUUACGAGGCGGUGGUUGCUGGAGAUCCGUCGAAAAAGAACCCAACGACCCGCGAUCCUAAUUACGAACCGGUUCGAUCGCAAUCACGUCCCCUCGUGGACAACACAACCACCUUACCGCCUGCCGGCUAUUCUCUGUCAGUAAGGCAGCGACAGCACACCACUGACUUGCCGACCGCGUACACCGUGGCGCCGUCGUUCAAGCACAGGCAGACGAGCAACGCGAGCAGCGAGGAUCCAGGAUACGAGAAAGUUAGGUUAAGAAGAAGAGUCGAGGCGGAUCACGAUACCGAUUCGGAGCCAAAUUACGAAAGUAUGCCGCAUGAUUCCGGGGAACCGAAUUACGCGUCAGUUUGUCGUCCAGGCGACAGCGACACCGAUCCGAAUUACGAAUCCGUCAGUCACGGGGAUCCGAAUUACGAGAGCGUCAAAUAUAUGAGCCUCGCUGCCCGGGCGGACGAACCACCGUACGAACAAGUUCAUAGCUUUAAAUCCGUUCCGGAUCCGGACGGAUACGAACAGGUGAAAAAACGCUUGUACAGCGGCGCCGAUUACGAGAGGAUUCACCUGCAGCAUCGUUCCGCGGAACCGAUCGGUAACGGGGACACGGACGACGAACAGUACGUCCAAGUUUAAACAUCACCA